UGACAAAAUGGAACCCACCAGCAGUGUGAGGAGACCUGAAAGUGGCACAUGGCAGAGUGUGGCGAUGGAGACAGCAGCAAUGGGAGGCCGUACAGGGACCCAUGACACACUCUGGACCUGGCAGCAGCAUGAGGAGGCGGUACAGGGGCCCAUGACAGAUUACGGGCCUGGCAGCAGCAAUGGAAGGCCAUACAGCACCCUAUCACAAAAUGGAACCCACCAACAGUGUAAGGAGACCUGAAAGUGGCACAUGGCAGAGUCUGGCGAUGAAGUCAGCAGCAAUGGGAGGCCGUACAGGGACCCAUGAGACACUCUGGACCUGGCAGCAGCAAGA